AGGUGGCCAAUAAUGAAAGCCCUUCCGGCCUUGGGCUGCUUUCUUUUAUUCUUUUGUUUUUUCUUGUAUAAAGCAGUACCCACUUCUGCAUUAUCCGACAACGAAGCGUCUUAUAUCGCUCGCCGUCAGCUCUUAGCUCUCCCUGAAAAUGGUGAUCUCCCCGAUGGGUUUGAAUAUACAGUAAAAACAACAGAAACAUUCGAAAAUGAAAGGCUUAGGAGGGCUUUCAUCGCUCUUCAGGCCUGGAAAAAGGCUAUGUACUCCGACCCUUUGAACAUUACCAGGAACUGGUUUGGGUCCAAUGUGUGUAGCUACAAAGGUGUGUUUUGUGCUCCGGCAUUGGAUGAUCCGAAGUUAACGGUCGUGGCUGGUAUUGACCUCAACCAUGGCGACAUUGCCGGUUAUCUUCCGGUGGAGUUGGGGUUGAUGACCGACCUUGCAUUGAUCCAUUUAAAUUCCAACAGGUUUUGUGGUAUUAUCCCCAAGAGCUUUUCAAGGCUUAAUCUUAUGUACGAAUUUGAUAUAAGCAACAACAGGUUCGUUGGCCCAUUCCCUGAAGUUGUAAUGACAUGGACAACCAUUAAGUAUCUUGAUAUAAGAUACAAUAAUUUCGAAGGUUGUUUACCACCAGAGAUCUUUGAGAAGGAGUUGGAUGCAUUGUUUUUAAACAAUAAUCGGUUCACUUGCUCAAUCCCUGAAACAAUUGGAACAUCUUUGGUCUCGGUCGUGACAUUUGCCAACAAUAAGUUCAAAGGGUGUAUUCCACGUAGCAUUGGGAAAAUGCGGAGAUUGAAUGAAAUUCUUUUCAUGAACAAUGACCUUGGUGGUUGUUUUCCCCCAGAAAUUGGAUUGCUUGCCAAUGUCACUAUUUUCGAUGUUAGCUUCAACUCUUUUACCGGUAGUUUGCCACAAAAUAUAUCGAGCUUGAAGAGCAUUGACAUUUUGGAUAUUUCUCACAACAAGUUGACGGGAGCUGUGCCUGAAAAUGUUUGCAAGUUGCCAAGCUUGUCUAAUUUCACCUUUUCCUACAACUAUUUCACCGAGGAGCCUAAAGGCUGUAUAUCGCCUGAAAGGAACAACGUUGUGUUGGAUGAUUCUGAUAAUUGUGUGGCUGGUCGGUUAAAUCAGAAGUUGGAUAAUGAAUGUCAAUCGGUGGUGAGUAAUCCGGUUGAUUGUAGCAAGGACGAGUGUUCUUUAGGGCCUUCACCUCCCAAGCCUAACUCACCAAAGCCACCGGUUCAAGCUCCUCCAAUGCCGAAUCCACAACCAAAACCAUCACCUGGUCCAAUUCAUCAAUCUCCAGUGACUCCUAUUAGACCACCGACUCCUAUUGUUCCUUCACCUUCACCCUCAGUUCCGGUACCAGUUCAAUAUCCACCUCCAACUUCAGCACAAAUUCAAUCUCCACCACCAGUACCAGUUCGUUCCCCGCCACCACCAGUUCCGUCUCAACCUUCGAUACCAGUUGAAUCUCCACCUCCGGUACCAGUUCACUCCCCACCUCCAGUACAAGUCCACUCCCCACCUCCUGCACCAGUCCACUCCCCACCUCCUGUUCCAGUCCAUUCUCCACCACCACCAGUCUUCACCCCACCUCCGGUACCUGUUCAAUCUCCACCUCCGAUACCAGUCAAUUCCCCACCUCUGGUUCCAAUCCACUUCCCACCUCCAGUUCCAGUCAAUUCUCCACCACCGUCAGUCUUCUCCCCACCUCCGGUACCAGUUCAAUCUCCACCUCAACCACUCCACUCCCCACCUCCACCAGUCUUCUCUCCACCUCCGGUACUAAUUCAUUCUUCACCUCCGCCAGUCCAUCCUCCACCACCACCUGUUCGUUCACCACCACCGCCAACACAUGUUCUCUCUCAACCCCCGUUGGUACACUCACCACCACCACUGAUAUACUCUCCGCCGCCACCUGUCUACUCUCCACCUCCACCUGUCUACUCUCCACCUCCACCGGUUGUCAAACUUGCACCACCUACCAAAGUGGAUAUUGUCCUCCCACCAAAUAUUGGAUUCCAAUACUCGUCACCACCUCCACCAAUGUUUCCAGGCUACUAAAUAGUACUAUAGUGUUAAUGUAUUUCUAUUGUAUGUUAUGCCUGUUGGGUAUAGAAGGAAAGGAGCAAAGAACAUAAAUACAUCUAUGCU